UUUCAUAUCCUGUGCUGCUGGAGCGAUGGAGUAGAGUAGUGAGUCAGAUUUUGACUUUCAGGGGCUUUCGGGAAAAGAAAUGUUCAAGAUUAAGCCAUCUCCAUCGCAGCCUGUUACAAUCGGAGCACUUUUGCGUAUUCUAACAUACUAUGCGUGAGAGAUGAUUGCCAGACGACUCUUAACCAGACAAUUAUGUCGACGACAACCUCCAAUCCUAUGCAUUGCCUCGCAAGCCUGCGCUGCUGCCAUCGCAGCUCGCCCGACACCGUUCCGCGAGGUGCGACAGAAUUCAACAUUCACACCGCCGUUCCUGCAGCGCCUGCCGGAUACGGUCAGCACCAUACUUGAGAAAUCAAGGAAAGGUGAGCUGGUCGAGGGAGCGGCUGUGACGGUGCACGGAUGGGUGCGCAGUGUGCGGAAGCAGAAGAAGAUUGCUUUUGCGCAGAUUAUGGACGGGAGUAGCGACCAGAUGAUUCAGCUCGUGUUUCUGGAUCCGAGUAUAGCUCUUGAUUUAAAAACCGGAGUAUCAGUUCGAGCUACAGGAAAGCUAGAGGUAACCCCAACACGACAAGACCCCUACGAAAUCUCAAUCACCGACCCGAUCGAAAUCCUCGGCGACUACGCCUCUCCCACCGACCUCUACCCUCUGCAAAAGAAGUUCAUGACGCAAGAGUACCUCCGCCGCGAGCACCCCGCGCUGCGAUUUCGGACGCGCGUGAACGCAAACGUGAUGCGGUUGCGGUCGGUCGCGAUCACGGCGCUGUCGGCGUAUUUCCUACAAAACGGGUUUUUCCAGACCCAGCCGCCGCUCAUCACGUCUUCGGACUGCGAAGGUGCGGGAGAGGUGUUUACUGUCGCCAACUCGUCGUCGUCGUCGUCGGCCGGAGAGCAUUUCUUUGGGCAAAAGGCGUACUUGACGGUAUCGACGCAAUUGCAUCUCGAGUCCCUGAUGAUGGGUCUCACGCGCGUCUGGACCUUAACCCCUGCGUUCCGCGCCGAAGAGUCAAUGACGAGCAGACAUCUGAGCGAGUUCUGGAUGCUCGAGGCCGAGGUUGCGUUCACGAAAGAUCUCGAGAGCGUGAUGAGCAUAGUCGAGGGCAUGAUUCGGUCUGCGGUCACGAGGAUGAAGAGCGAGGGCGUGCUUGAUCAGAUUCUGAGCUUGAAGCGCAUGCUUGAGAAGCAGAAGGCGACGGCGAAGGAAGGAGAGGACGACGAGGAGAUGGUUACCGCGGACGAGGUGUCUGAGCGAUGGAACACGCUCGUCGCAACCGAGCAGCCUUGGAAACGGAUAACAUACGAACAGGCAAUCUCCGUCUUGCAAGAUGCGGUCGCGCAGGGCAAAGUCGAGUUCCAGCACAAGGUAGAAUACGGCGAGAGUCUGAAAUCCGAGCACGAGAAAUGGCUCGCGCGGCACUACGCGCAGGGCCCGGUUUUCGUCACAAACUACCCGGCCAACAUGAAGCCGUUCUACAUGCUCCCCGGGCCGGACGGCACUGUCGAGUGCUUUGAUUUACUAGUUCCGGACAUGGGCGAGCUUGUGGGCGGCAGUCUUCGCGAGCACGACUACGAGCGUCUGCGCGGCGCGAUCGCGGCGUCGGGGAUGGAUCCCGAGCCGCUGGAGUGGUAUCUCGAGUUGCGCAAGUGGGGAUCUGUGCCGCAUGGCGGGUUCGGGAUGGGAUUCGAGAGGCUGAUUUGUUAUUUGGGCGGGGUUUAUAAUAUCAGAGAGGCGAUUGCGUUUCCGAGAUGGAUUGAUCAUUGCGCGUGCUGAGGCACGGUCUAUUUGUAUAUAUGCGUUUAUCACUCUAUCUAUCGGUAAGAGGAAAGUAAUAGAAUACUGAAACACGAAACUCGACACUGUUUCGGUACAGAAACU